AAUGCCUGGUGUCAUGUUCCUCUUGGCCCUUUGAUUUACAGCCCCUCCGUACAUGUUGUUCAGUAUUGGGGGGGAGGAAGGUGUUGGCCAACCAGUUAGAGAAGCUCAUUCUCACCUGUAGGUCUAGAAGCUUUUAGCCCAGACAACAAAAGGACUCAAAGGUCUUAUCACCAUAUCUGUUAAUUAAUACCCAGUGUUCCCAGCAAAGUGUAGAGGUUUCAAAAGGCUCCCCCCCCCCCCUGCCUCUGUAGCUGUCUCCUCUUCUGUACUUCUGAGUGUGUGACUCAUGAAGUAAUCACAGCCUCGACCCCGCGCCGCCAUGGACAAGAGCAACACAGUGAAGCUCUUCGUGGGCAACCUGGCGCUGGACACCACCCAGGAGGAGCUGUCGGCCAUCUUCGAGCCCUACGGCCAGGUGGUCAGCUGCAGCGUGCUGCGCCAGUUCGCCUUCGUCCACCUGCAGGGCGAGGGCGCGGCCGAGCGAGCCAUCCGCGAGCUCAACGGGCGGGAGUUUCGGGGCCGGAACCUGGUGGUGGAGGAGUCGAGGGGGAGGCCGCUGCACUCCACCAAGGUGUUUGUAGGUAACCUGAGUGGGAUGUGCACCACUGAGGACCUGCAGCAGCUGUUCCAGACGUUCGGGAAGGUUCUUGAGUGUGACAAAGUGAAAGCCAGGCAUUCCUCUUCUGCAGGCUAUGCCUUUGUCCACAUGGAAAACAAGGAAGACGCGCUCCAGGCCAUCGAGGCCCUGCACGGCACCUCCUUUAAGGGACGGCCCCUCUCAGUCGAGCUGUCCAAGGUCCAGCCCAGCAAACAGGCGCCGACAGGGAAAAUCCCCUGCGUUAACUGUGGGAAGCAGGGCCACUAUGCCGGAGAAUGUCCCGUAGGGAAGCCGUCUCUCGAGCAGUAUCAGAGUCAGGCGGCGGUGCUCGCGGCUGCGGCCGCUGCGGCUGCGGGCCUGCCCCUCCAGGUCCAGCAGAGCGUGCACAAUUCAGUCUACAACACCUCCACCUUCGACCCCACGUACGCUGCUCUCACCGGGAUCACCACGGGCACGCGAACCGAUGGAAACCCCGUCAAUCCAGCGGUCUAUGGCGCCCUUGCCAGCCAGGUGUACGGUGCCAACGUUGCCAAUCAGCUUUACGGAUCGGUGGCCAAUCAGGCAGCUCUCACAUCAGGCGCCACCCAAAUGUACGGCCAGAUGACUCCUAAUAUCUACGGCCAGAUUUCCGCGAAUAAUGCGGCCGCGGCUGCUGCGGCCGCUGCGGCUGCCGCCUACUCCACUCCGGUUUACACCCAAACGAUGGGCAACCAGGUCUACCUGACCGCUGCCCCCGGAUUAGAUAUGCAAACAGCAGCGGCCGCGGUCAACCCGGCCUACACGGUAUCGCCGGCGCUUUACGGCGCUGCAACGCCGGCCUACGCUCACAUAAGUGCCAUGGGAGCGGCGGACCCCACCACGGCCAUCUUCGAGGCGGCCAGGCAGGCGCAUUACUUUGCCCAGGGCCAGCAGGUGGUCGCCGAGCAGCAGGCGGCGGCGGCUGCGGCGGCGGCCAAGUCUGGUGAGAGGGACCGUAGCCCCCUGCGGAGGUCGGUGCCUCUGCUGCCGGACCCUGUGAUGAAACCGUUCAUGUACCAGAGAGCCAAGCCGCGGCGACCCCUGCUCCCCACUCCAGCCGGACGGGCGGCGGAAGAGGCAGCCGAGGCGGCGGAGGACCCCAUGGCGAGGUACUACGCAGAGUACUACCAGCAGCUGCAGCAGUAUCCCCAGUUCCAGUACGCCUACCCACCGCCCGGCGCGGUCACGGCCAUCGCCGGCAUGCCGGGGAUGUCGGCCGUCCCCGCCGUCCCCACGAUGUCCGCCCAGCAAGUGGCCACGCUGGACGCCCUCAGGCCAGUGGUCCCCACCGCUGCGGCAAUGGCUGCCGCCAUGGCUGCGCCCAGGGUGUAUGAGCCGCCGUUGCCGCCGCCCACGCGCAAGGAGGCCAUCCUCCGCCGCCCCGAACUCUCCCUUCACACGCCUGAGCCCCCUUCCGAUAGUUGCACACAACUUUUCUGCCCCCACCCACCCCCCCACCUCUUCCUCUCUGACCUGAACCCCCAAAACCACCCCCCACAUCUCCUCUUCCACCCCCCCAAACUUGAUCACCUUACAGCAGCUAUAUGUGUGUGUGUGGUGUGUGUGUGAGUGUGUGUGUGGGGUGGGCUUCUCAGUUUAUUAACCUGCCUUUUUGAGGAACUUGAUCAGCUCACCUUGGUCCUGUUUUUUCACACGCACAGUGCAGCCAUGAAAGGGAGUUUCUCAUCUGUUGAAAGGGCAUUCUUUGUGCAUCUCAGUUUUUUUUUGUUUUUUUUUAAUCGUGCCAGUCUCACACUUGUGCCAGUAUUAGACCGACCCAGUCAGUCGUUUCAUAUGCCUUUAUUCCCCACAACCCAGUUAUGAUUUUUCUACGGCCAAAUCUACAAUCAAAGACACUGUUUUCUUUUUUUUAAACCUAUUAUAACCAUCUUCUUUUGGGCCUAGAUGAUCAGUAAAGGGCAGCUAAUUUCAAACCUUUUUUGCCUUAUGUUGAAUACUUUUUCAAAUUGUAAUGUAAUCAGAUUGGGGGGGGGUUGAGUUUUAACACAUAUUGUGUACUGGCUGCAUUGCUUUGUCUUAAACAGAACCAAGGACUGUGUUGUUGUUGUUUUUUUGGUGGGGGGGGGGUGUUUGUCUUGGAGCGUGUGACGUGGAUGUGUGAAGUGUAAAAGAGAGAUACUGUAUGUGCGGGCUUUCUGACCUUGCAGCGCACAAAAACGCAACAGCUUAGACUGCGCCUUGCUGAGCGAGCGAGAGAGAGAGAGAGAGAGAGAGAGAAAAACUUAAAGCACACAUAAUACGUACUGUAUUGUAUUUUUUGGAUCUCUCUUUGAAUCCCAUCUCCCCCCUCCCCUUGUACUUUUAACUUCAAACACUGGAAGACACAGCUUCAUCUCUCUUUCCUCACUACAGCUGCCUACCUCUUGACAGUUAAUUUCAGUGUAUAGUCUACUCCAUUUCAUACCUUGUUGAAGGUACAAGGUGGACCAUUAAAAGGGGGAGGGCAGACUCAGACUUUUUUGUAGAUAUUCUGUAGUAAGUCCUCCUACAUGUUCAGAGGCCUUGUUUUAAACGUAUUUGUUUUUGUUUGUUUUUUAAUGUAGUCUUCAUGUUUUACCAGUCGACCCUGGGGUGUAAAGAGUUAUAUUUAAAACAAAAGAAAACCCUCGUGUGACUACUGACUGAGCUGUUUACAAAUGAUCUUUACACUGAGUCCUAGGGAAUCAUGAUAUGUGACGAGCUUAAACUAUGUGCCUAUAAGCUUUGAGUGAAGUGCAUUAAGUGGAGCGGUCUCCUCUUUUUUUAAAGUGCUUUUGACUUUUUCAUAAUUUCAAAUGGGCGUUUGGGGGGGCGGGGAGGGGGGGGUUAUGGUGGCUCAAUGGAGCUCAGCAUCCAGAGGGCCACAAGCAGUAAAAGCUUUCUCGUGGACUUGCACACUUUUUAGAUAUUUUUUUCAUAUCGUUGUGUUUUGAAAAGAAAAAAAAAAGCCACAAACUUGAGCCGCCUCGAGGGGGGGGGGGGGGGGGGGUUCGUAAAUCAGCCGCUGGUUUGAAGCAGGAAACGACAGUGAUAGCACCAAUGAAGUGAGGGAUGGCGCUGUGUCUUCCAGUCUGUCCCAACUUUCCUACUUUUUUUCCAAAUAAAAACCAGACUCGCUUCGGACUGUUAACGCAAAAAUGUACAAGUGUCGUUUUAAUCCAGUUAUUGGAUAAAGUAGGCGGGGCUUGCUCGCGGGUACAGGUACCUGCGGACUUGAACACCACCCACUCGCUCCUACAAUCAUUUUGAAACAAAAACACUUGGAUUUUUCUGCCACUACUUUUUGACAGCAGUCUGAUGCACACACAGUCAUCACCUUACUGCCUCGCUGUCCCCCCCCCCCCCCCCUGCCCCCUCUCCCUGUGUGGUUUUUUUUAGUGGUUAAGUGACUUUUUGCAUCUCACAGUGUAAUCUUUCUGUGUUGUAUAUAUACAGACACAUGCCAGUUGCAUCCUUUGUAGAAUUCUGUGGUUUGCGAAAAUGUCUUGUUUGCCAUGUUUGAGACCGUAUUUUUUAGACGAGUAUUUUAAUUUUGCCUUUUUUUUUAGUAAAAAGACAAAAAAAAAAAAAGAAACGUAAAAAAAAAAAAAUCAGCAUGCUUUUUAUUGAGAAUAUGUAUUCUAUAAUCAUUAUUAUAAUAAAGAAUGUUUGGCUGACUAGUGUGGCAAAAGAAAGCAAGGGUUUUUUUCCCCCUUCUUGUUUAUGUUUCUCUUGUUUCUCUUGUGUAAAAUCGACCACCAGACCCUUUUGACUGGGGAGCCAGGGGGGACACAGGUGUAGAUGCUGGCCCAGCUUUGCUCUCUUUGGUCAGGGUAAGUGUGGGUUGGUGCUCCUAUCUCUCUCCAGCCUCUCAAACUUAAGGUGCAAACCCCUAAAUUUAUGGAAGGUAUGCACUUCACCAAAUCAGUAUUUUCAUUCUGGCAUUGGAAAAGGUCUUUAAAUUUCAUGUUAGAGUGUACUGGAUGUUCUCCACACUGUGAAACAAACAUUGAGAGCUGGGGAGAGGCACACAGAUAGAAUGGCCUGGGUGCAUUUUGAUCUGUGGAGCCAGUCCUGUUCCUGGGGGGGGGGCGGGGGUUUGAUGGGUGUGCGUCUUGGUCUGGUCUGGUCUCUCUCCCCUGCUGCACCAAAUUCUCCCCUCUCUCCGUGUGUCUGUGUCCACUCUACUCUCAAAAAAAAAAAAAAAAACCUUGCAUGUGUGAUAAUCUUUGUUACUUUGCCGCUCAAAAAAAAAAAAAAACAGUCCCCGCGACAGUCCAGCUCUGAACUAACUAUCUCAACUGAAUUAGGUCACCGUGCCACCUUGGAAUGGCCAGUGUGUGCAGCCGUGCGUGAGCGUGGCGGCGUGAGCCAUGGAGAAGGACUUUUAGCGCAACGCCUCCACAGACCCCGGAACUUGUUCUCUUUCUCUUCACCACCAAGGUAAAUGAAAAAAAUGAAAAAACAAAAAAAAAGCACUGACCUCUCCUCUCCCCCUCCCCUCCUACCCUCCCCUGCCGCACCCUCCUUUGACUGUGCCUUGACAAAACACCUCCCCCCCCCCCUCCUCUCCUCCGCCAUCACCACCUCCCCUUUCUUUCCACAAUCCGUAACUCCUCUGCUGCAAUGGCAGUGCCAUCCGUGGGAGGGGGGGGGGGGGGAGUGCUGUCAGGACUCCUUUCCACAAGACUUGAGUCCUGUCUCGCAUCAGCAUCCGAGGUGACCGACUGUGUCCUUUCUGUCCUGCUGGUGUCGUGAGCAAGUGAAUAAAAGAAAGUGUGUGAGUGUGUGUUUGAAAGACAGAGAGCAUGUGA